GCACAUCGUCGUCCAAACGUUGUUCAACGACAAAGUAACCGUCGUAAGGGUGUACCUUAUUACGAAUGUGAAGCUGUUGUUAUCACUACAUUUUAUUUCGUGAUGAUGCGUUAUUCGGAAAUUCCUCGCGAUAUAUCCGGUGAUAGUAUAUCAGCAAUACGCGUUACAACAGAGAUACCUGAAGAUCUUUGUUAUCAAAAUAAAUCACCAGGCAGUGAUACAGAUAACUCAGAUUCACUGUCAUUGUCUACUAAACAAGAUAAUAAUGGACUUCCACUAUUGCAAAAGAAACGUGAUUCCAAAGCAAAACAUUGUACAUCCACCAAAAUUAUGGCAUCAUCAACUGGAAUGUUAUCAGAAAAUAAAAUACAUAAAAAGGAAAAACAGUCACAUUCAUUUUCAAGCCCAACUCCACCAGCAAUCACCGGUUACCUCAAUUAUGGAUGUUCACCAAAUGCACAAUCCAAGUCACAAAGUUUACCGAACCAUGCAUCCGCUACAACACGUGGAUGUGAUCAAGUCGUAUUGGAUGCGUUACGUGUGCCUGCUGAAGACUUUGCUAGUCAGUUGACACUACUGGAUUUAGUUCCGUUUACGGCAAUUGAACCAGAAGAAUUAACGAGUUGUGGUUGGAAUAAAAAAAAUAAACUAGUCAUUGCACCAAAUGUAGUUGCAUUCACUCGACGAUUUAAUCAUGUCAGUUUUUGGACAGUACAAGAAAUAUUAUCCGGUAACACACCAAAACAACGUUCAGAAAUACUGAUACAUUUUAUUCGAAUUGCUAAAAAAUUGUACGAUUUGAAUAAUUUACAUUCAUUAUUUGCUGUUAUAUCAGCAUUACAAAGUGCUUCUAUUUAUAGACUUAAUAAAACAUGGGGUAAUUUAUCUAAGAAAGAUAAACAAACAUUUGAAAGACUAGCCGAAGUAUUUUCAGAUAAUAAUAAUUGGUCAAAUUUAAGGGAACAUAUGGAAAGUUUGAAAUUACCUUGUGUACCAUAUUUAGGUCUAUUCUUAACAGAUUUAGUUUAUAUUGAUAUGGCACAUCCACAUUCAGGUGGUCUCGAAUCCCAGCAACGUUUAUUGAAAAUGAACAAUAUACUACGUGUCAUAUCAAAUUAUCAAAAUUCCGAUUAUUCACAUUUGCCAAUCUUGCCACAUAUACAACAAUAUUUAAAAUCCAUUCGUUAUAUUGAGGAAUUGCAAAAAUUUGUUGAAGAUGAUCAAUACAAAUUAUCAAAAAAGUUAGAACCACCAUCACCUGUGAGCUCCUCCAGUUGCAGUUCCAAAGAAUCAAUACCACCAAAAGCAACUGUAGUCGAUACAUCCGCCAUUGCGUCGUUAAAUUUGUCACCUGCAAAAGCUUCAUGUGGAUCAUUACGAUUACAUAAUGCAGUAUCACAAAGCGCAAAAUUUAUACCUGGACAUCGGAAAAGUCGUAGCUUGGGAUCUAAAUUCCGUAGUACAAGUCUUCCACGAAACUUUCAUAAACAGGUGGGACCUUGUGGCACAAUUGGUAUCGCCCCAACCUGUGGUGGUAUUUUUCAUAAAUGUCAUCAACAGCAAGUUUCGGUUGAUCUAAAAGAUGGUUGUCCCAAAACCAUACAUUUGUUGGAUGAUUCUGUUAUGGAAGAAACAUUAUCAAUUGAAACAGAUAGUAUUGGUGAGACAUCUUCAAUAGCUACUAUAUCCCGUGUACCAUCGUUUGCCAGUGAGGAUCAAUGUAAUUUAUUACUUCAGUCACUUGAUGACGAUGAUUUAUCGGAGGAUGGCAGCGAAACGUCUAUGCAAGGUUGUGUUCGUCGAAAAACUGUGUUAAAAGAAAAUAAAAAGCCCACAGUAUCUUCAUGGCAAAGAUAUUGGAUACAAAUAUGGGCUUCAUCACUUGUAUAUUUUUCUCCAAAAAGUUUUAAAGGAAAUUCACGAUCCGAUUUUAAACGGGAACCAUGUAAAAUGGUUGAUAUUGUAGGUUGGACAGCGGUUAUGGGUGAAAAUGCUUUACAACCAGAUCUAUUCCAACUAUUGGAUCCACAAAAAAGAAAUGUAUAUAAAUUCCGAGCCGGUACAAAAGCGAAAGCCGAAAAAUGGUGCCGACACAUUCAACUUGCAUCAUCACAGACUGAUCAGAAACCGCUACCUGCAAAUUUAAUGUUAUUCGAUUAGAUUAUAAGUAGAAUUUAAAAACAACAAAGAAUAUGUUAUACACAUAAAUAAAUUAUUCCCUUCCAUGGCGUUUUUAAAAAUUCUUAGUAUCUCUUUAAGUUUUAGAAGAUAUACCAUAAAUGUUUUUUAAAUAAAAAUUUAUUUAUUUUUUUUCUUUUUCAUAUUAAAUCAAAUUUCUAUGAAUUAUUUAUUCUUAGCUUCUCUCAAAUAUUGCACAUUGUAAUUAUAAAAAAAUAUUACUGGUACCUAAACGUUACAAGUUAUACAUUCAAAAUUGAUAAUUUUAUUUCAUAAUUCAUUGAUACAAAAUCAAAGUAUAAGGUAGUGUCGUGUCGUAAGAAUUGAGUAAAGAAUAUCUAUUGCUAGCUCUAUUAAAAACCAAGCAUAUUUUACAAUUUCUUAAAAUUCCUCUGCACUGCAUCAGUGCAAACCAAUGACUAAAAUUUUUAUAUAGUAGUUAAAGUAUAUAGCGUAAUGAUUUUAAUUAAGGAACUCAAACAAUAAUAUUUUAUGAAAAACGACAAGUCAUAUGACAAUUACCUUUUUAAAAUCGUGUUUCUGUGGUUCGAGAUGAUAGUCACUAGUUAUUGAAUGUGUGAUUCUUGGCUUAGUUAGGGGGUUGGUGAUAAGUGGCUUCAACGCAGGCAAUAAAAUGUAACAUUGUAUUUCUUGUUAAUAAGAAAUCUUCAAAAAGAAAAUCUAAUCAUUGCCAUAGUAUCCCAUUUCUAAAAAAGCAAAACUGAGUUUAUUAUAUUAAACACAUUCUGAAAAAUUAUCUUGAUUUGAACCAUGAAUUUUUAUUUUUAAGGAAUGAA